AUGGACAAGAAUGGAUGUGAAGAUGAUGAUCGAACGGUUCUGAUUUUCCUCGGAACUGGUUGCUCCGGUGCAGUUCCCGAUUUCAGAUGCUUACUUCAACCAUCGGAUCCUCCUUGUCAUGUCUGUUCUAAAUGCAAUACAUCGUUAUUGAUCGAUUAUUGUUGCGAGGGAGAAGAUGGUAGACAUUGCUACAUACUUAUUGAUGUUGGGAAGAGUUUCAGAGAACAAGUUCUUCGUUGGUUUACCUUCUACAAGAUUCCCCGAAUCGAUUCUAUCAUUCUAACUCAUGAGCAUGCGGAUGCGAUUCUUGGAUUAGAUGAUAUUCGGUCUAUGCAACCUCGCGGUUCAACCAUUGAUACUAAUCCACUUCCUGUCUUUCUAUCUCAAUUUACAAUGGAAAGUAUUGCUACGAGGUUUCCUUAUUUGGUUGAAAAGAAGGUUAAAGAAGUACCUAGACGGGUUUCGCAGCUCGACUGGAGAAUCAUCGAAGAGAAUUGUGAUAAACCAUUCACUGCCUCGGGAUUAUCUUUCACGCCUCUUCCGGUAAUGCAUGGAGAAGAUUACAUUGCUUUAGGUUUCCUUUUCGGCGAGAAAAGUAAAGUGGCUUAUAUAUCUGAUGUAUCUCGCAUCCCACCGAGUACUGAGUAUGCUAUUUCCAAAGCCGGGGCUGGACAGAUAGAUCUUCUUAUCCUGGAUACAAAUAUACCAUUUAAGAGAGGAACACAACCCACACAUUUCUGUUUUCCUGAGGCUCUUGAGAUCUUGAAGAGGCUCUGUCCAAAGAGAGCUCUUUUAACGGGUAUGACACAUGAUUAUGAUCACGAUGAAUACAAUGUGAUACUCGCGGAAUGGUCUCAAAGGGAAGGAAUCCAUGUACAGCUUGCUCACGACGGAUUAAGGGUUCCGAUAAACCUAUAA